AUGUCUCCUUUUAUCUCAAAGAUGAUUGCUACUGUUCUCCGUCGGUUGAGGGAUCCCGACUCGGUUGUACGAUCCGCUUGCGUCGACGCUGUUGCUGAGAUGUCGUCGCGCAUCACUCGUCCUUCGUUCACCGUUGCGUUCCUGAGGCCGUUUAUGGACGCGUUAACGCUGGAGCAGGACGUGAAUGUGCAGAUCGGCGCUUCGCUGUGCCUUCCGGCGGCUAUUGAUGCAGCGCCGGUGCCGGACGUUGAGUCGCUCCGGAGGAUUACGCUUCCGAGGCUAGGGAAGCUUCUGAAGACUGACUCGUGUAAGGCGAAGGCGCCGUUGUUGGUGCUAAUCGGGAGUGUGGUUUCCGUUGGUGGUGCUUCGAGUCGUGGAGUAAUGAGUUGGUUGGUUCUGUGCGUUGUUGAGUUUCUCGGCAGUGAGGAUUGGAAUGUGAGAAAAGCCUGUGCGGAAGCGUUGGGGAAAGUAGCUUCAAUGGAGAAAGAUUUGGCAUCGCAGCAUAAAGUUCUGUGUAUGGAUUCGUUGCAGAAUAAACGGUUUGAUAAGGUCAAAGUUGUUCGAGAGACUAUGAAUCUGGCAUUGGAUAUAUGGAAGGAAGUAAAAGAUGUGUCUGAAAAUGCUCCUACUCCUCAAAAAGCAACACAUUAUUUGGUGCACGCAAUAUGA